AUGCCACAAUCACCGACCAAAUCUCUUUGGGGAAAGCUGACGAAACCAAAUCCGGGAUCUCAAGGUCCCAUUACACCUCUUCCGACAUCUUCCCCAAAUUUGAUAUCCACAAUUGAGAGCUGGAGAGAAGCCGUGGAAUCAUCGAGCUCAAUGCAAGAACCAAGCAUUGCACCAUCGAGCAAGACAUCUGAUGCCCAUUCUACAGCACCUACAUCAAUCACGACAGCAAAAACUGCAAAGAGCUCUUUGACGUUCUUCACAGCAAAGAAGAGACAGUCUAAAGAAGAAGAGUGUGCCUAUGCUUCAGCUCCUAUUUCACCUACCAUUGCGAAAACUGCGAAAAGUCCCUCGACAUCACUGACAGCCAAGAGGAGAGAGACUGAAGUAGUAGUGUGUACACCAAAGCCCACAGACGGCCAUUUAUACACCAAAGCUUUCCACAAGUCAACGAUGUCCGAAGCCAUGAAAGCGCUUCGGAAAUCUCAAGUCAAGACGAUAGAAAAAGUCCUAGCCGAAUAUGAGCGUCACACCAAAUUAUUGAACCGAGCAGUCCACGAGCGCUUCUCGUCCUUCAAACAAGCCAAAGAUGCCGGCGAGGAAUUACGUUUAAUGAAUCAGCCGGACGGAAGCUCAAGCUGUUUCUAG